AUGUCGUCUUCGUCGGUUGCCGCUACAUCUUCCUUCUCACAAGUGAGCGCUCAUUCUAUGGGAUUCUGCUCAACAUCAUCGGCCUCAUCACCGUUCGAUGGCCCUGUUAUCGUUGAUAAAAAUGGAUUUCUACAGUCAGCACUCCGCGCUGGAGGCCCUUACUUGUGUUCACUACCGGCUCGUACGACUUCAACUAGUUCUCAUUUUGAUGCCGACACUGUGUAUCAGAUCGAGAGAUAUGCAGCACAAGUCUUGCGUGGCAUCAGUUUGCAGUAUCAAGGCAUUCGACUUGUGGGUAGACACUCUAAGAUCGACCCCGAACCUGAACAAGUCACAACCUUGCUUGUCAGAAUGCCAAAUCAACCACAGCCAGAAUUGUGGUAUCGAACUGCAAACGAGAUCCAACAGCUGCUACUACGCCACCUUGAUCAUGGAAUUUCGGUGGAGAUCAUUGAAACAGACUUGUUCAAUGGAAUAUACUGUUCUCCCGUUGAGUCGAGCCACUCCAUCGUUCCCAAGUGGAAGAGUCUCGUGCAGGAGAUUGUAGCCCGGUGUCCCAACAAGGAUGAGUGGCUUGGAAUGGACUGUUUCCGAUAUGGAACAAAUCCCCAUCGGAGUUCCAAUCCAGUGACAGUAAUCAUCCGUGUCCAGAAAACAUCUGAGAACUCGUUCGUCACGGCUGCACGUUAUAUUCAUGGUAUUCUUGCAGCAUUCAAAGAACCUGAGGUGGAUGUUAUAUUCAUGAAAGAUGGAAGCAAAGCUCUGACCCUGAAUUCGACCGUUCCACUUGAGGCUACCAAUGGAUCAGUGUAUCCCGGCGUAAGUAUCGGAAUUCAUCAAAGUUCAGCGGGCUGCUCCACGUUAGGUGGCUUUGUGCAAACCCGAUCCAAAGACCAAAAGAACUGGGAUACAUAUGCUCUUACCUGCUUCCACUGCGUUUGCCCGCCAACAAUGUGUCACGGAGAUCGCUUUCUUCGAAGUGAGGAUGCCAGAAGAGGACUCCAGAGGUGGGAAAGACACCCCUUGACAGUACAUGACGAUCCUUUGUUCCUUAAUAUCGCCAAACGCAUUCUCCGAAUUGACCAUCCAGCGCCUCGGGAUCUACGGACCACGAUCAAGUCACUAAAUCAGUCAAUAAGGGGUGUGAAAGACGAUUCUUUCUACAGAUCCAAGGCGGAGGUCGACAAGGGAGAAAAUGGCUGGCUUCCAGAUUCUGCCAGAGGUGAAUAUGAGGCUACCCUAAGGAGCAUUCGACAAUGUGAAGAACAACGCGACACAUUUGCAAAAAUGCUCAACAAUGGAGCAUACUACCUCGGGCAUGUCGUUGCCGGAAGUGGCAUGCAUCGCACCCGACAAGAUGGGGACAAGCGUCGGGUGACCGUGGAUUGGGCUCUGAUUAAGAUGUCGAGCAAUAGAAUUUACCGCCAAAUGCAUGGAGAUCGCGUCUCUGGCAACAGUGGGUUUCACUAUUACAGCAACCCAUCGCAAAACCCCCCAUAUCAUGGUGGGUCAACCCUGGACAUCCGUAGCGGGACAAUAAUUUACAAGUCUGGGCGAUCCACUGGCAUCACAGCUUCCGUGUAUCACAGCUUGGAAUCUGUUCAGCUUGAUCGGCUCAAAAGCGAUAAAGGACCCGGAUACACCUUUUCCAUCAUAUGGACAUACAAGACGGCAACUCCAGAGAGUUCCUUUCCAUUCGCAGAACCGGGUGACUCUGGGGCUUGGAUAACAAGAAUGGAUGGCAAGGUUUUGGGGAUACUGACUGGGGCCGACGAGCGGCAGACCACGCAUUACUUCUGCCGGAUAAGUGACGUGCUUGACGAUAUCAAAGAUAUCACUGGCGCAGUUGAAGUCAGAAUCGCUCCAACACCAGUUUAG